GUGUUAGAAAUGACAGAGUUGCACCAGGCAGCUGCUGCUGGAGACUUUGAUCUAGUGGAGGAGAUUCUGAACAAGAAGAAAUGUAACCCCAAUCACAGAGACAUAGACUGGAACUACAAGACACCGCUUCAUUGGGCAGCAGCCAAAGGACAGACAGAGACUGUUAGAAUUCUGGUGGAGCACGGAGCCAGAGCCUGCCUGAGAACUGAUAGUGGAUGGACACCUGCCCACUUCGCAGCUGAGGCUGGGAGACUUGGAGUGCUGCGCCUGCUCCACUCAUUACACGCCCCCAUAGACAAAGAGGACUUCUCUGGUGAUAAACCAGUCAGAAUAGCAGAAGUCUAUGGACAUAAUGACUGUGUUCGAUUUCUUGAAAGUGCAGAGCCAGAGUGCAGGACCUACCGCCAGAUGGCAGUGUUAAACAGCUUUCCCUUGGACGACACGGACAAGGAAUGGGAGGAGCAGAGAAAGGAACUAAACAGGACUGCAAAACAAGGGAUUACCACACCUCAUUAACAAAAACAUUAUUGGGAAAACAGCUAAUAUAGUUUACCCGAACCAAUUUUAAAAAUGUUACACCACGAAAAAUACAGACAUUACAUACAUUUCAUUGGCCAUACAGUAUGAAAAACUGUUCUGGACACUUAUGAUAGAUAGAAACAGGUGUAGGUUACACAUUAUGCAAUUCAUUUUCCAAAUGAUCAAUUCCUAUUAUGUAAUUCUCCAUUCUACAUAACAUCUAAUAUAUAGGCUAUAUUACAACAGAAAAAUAAGGCUACAAUUCUAAUAAAUGAUACAUGUAGGACAUUGCACAUACUUUCUCAGUGUCAGAGUUUCAGUUGAUUCGUAUGGGGUUUAAUUUAGAUGUAAACUAAGCCUAGAUGAAUAAACAGCAUAGAUAUACAACAUAUCUAAAAGAAAAAAAGUAACAGAAUUGUCAAAAUGGAUUAAAAUAUCAUUUCGUCUUCAUCGUUGAUGACAGUUUGGAACUUUCACUCACUGCUGAUUGUACCUGCUGGUGAAGAGUGAAAUAGAUAAAUAAUCAAUUAGCUAUGACAUUACAUCCAGUUGGUUUAGACCAAUAAAUAAAUUGUGAUUUGUAAACUCACUUUUAGGUUGAAAUAUUUCAGUAGUGCAACACGAAUCUGUUUGGAAUGAACACAUAUUUUUUUUAUUGUAAUGGGUUUUUGUUUUGCUACAUAUUUCAGUCUCAUUCAUCAGGUAUUGUUGCCUGGUUACCCAUCCACAUCACUCCAGCCAAACGCCACACCCACUAAUGUUUCUUCUCCAACCGAGUGGGUGCGUUAAGUUAGAUUAAACUUUUGCAUGGUUGUGUAAACAGUUUGUACUGAAUGACACGUUUCCCCAAAAUGUUCUUGAACUGACUGAGGUAUGUUUUCUCUGUUUGGUGGGUGCGGUGUGGCUUGAAGCAAUAAGUGAUAUAUUUACAGGCCAGCAGCCAUGCUGACAGCGUUUCCCAACCCACAACCCAAUAAAUUAUUUGAUAUUGAGAUAAAAACGGCUGUAUUGGACCUUUUUUCAGUAGCUUACCGGUUUUUCUCCAAAAUAUGCAGUGAGUAGAAUGAAGAGACCCUGUAAGAGAUGAAAAACAACAUUAAAACCUUGUGACCUGAAGAAGGAAAAGAUGUCACGUCUACUCCUACUCCUCCCCUCCUGAGUUAGACGUCGUCUACUCCGCCCCUCCUGCGUUAGACGUCGUCUACUCCUGCUCCGCCCCUCCUGCGUUAGACGUCAUCUACUCCUGAUCCUCCCCUCCUGAGUUAGACGUCGUCUACUCCUACUCCUCCCCUCCUGAGUUAGACGUCGUCUACUCCUACUCCUCCCCUCCUGAGUUAGACGUCGUCUACUCCUACUCCUCCCCUCCUGAGUUAGACGUCGUCUGCUCCUACUCCUCCCCUCCUGAGUUAGACGUCGUCUGCUCCUACUCCUCCCCUCCUGAGUUAGACAUCGUCUACUCCUACUCCUCCCCUCCUGAGUUAGACGUCGUCUACUCCUACUCCUCCCCUCCUGAGUUAGACGUCGUCUACUCCUACUCCUCCCCUCCUGAGUUAGACGUCGUUUACUCCUACUCCUCCCCUCCUGAGUUAGAUGUCGUCUACUCCUGCUCCCUUCCUCCUGCGUUAGACGUCGCCGGUUUACUAACCGUCGGUCUUGGCAACCAUUCAUUACUCACCUGCGCCUCAUCAUCAGGCACACCUGGACCUUCCCUGAUUACUCCCCCUAUAUAUAGCACUCUGUUGGUAUUUCCCAUCCUGCAUUAUUGUCUCGGUUUCCAAGUUCGGAUGCAUUCCUUGUUUUUGUAUCUGUACAUGUUUGUUUAUAUUAAACUCUGCACCUGCUUCCUAACUCCCUGCCUCUACAUUACAAAAGACAAUUACAGGGUUUGAUCAAAAGACAAUUGUAUAUUAGUCAGUGUUGCAUUCAAUUCCCUUCUAACACAGUUGACUGAAUUGAAAUGGAAUUGACCCAAACCUAAUCUCAGUCUUACCUGGAAUGCGUUCAGCAGAGUGAAGGCGUAGUUCACCAGGUAGGCUAUAGGUCCUUUGGUGAUGUCAAACAUCAAAACAAAAAAUC